AUGUUUUCCAUGCGCUUCCUGUGCCAGCGCUGCCAACAGCCCCUGAGGCUCGGGGAGCCCAGCGAGCCCCUCGAGACGCCGGGCCCGGCGCCCGCCGACGGCGGUUUGUCCAGCGAGCCCAGCGAUGGCGGAGAGCCCGGGGCCGGCGCCUCCAGCGGGGCCCCGGCUGGCCCGGGCGGGGAAUCCAGGGCCUGUCCUGGCCAGUUCACCCUGCUUGGGAAUGCUGUGUCCCUCCGAACUCUGAGCAGCGUCCAGAAGACCCUGGUGGACAUCUUUGCCAUCCUGUCGGGCCAGAAAGCGGUGGAGCACCCGCUGUGCCAGGAGUGUACUGACCAUCUCCUGGAGCAGGUGGACGCUCGGCUCUCGCAGGCGGAGCUGGACUGCCAGGCCUACCGGCGUGCCCUGGAGACGGAGUUGCUGGUGGAUCCGGAGGACAGGAGGGCCCUGGACAGCCGGCUGCGGGCAGAGCUGCGGGAGCUGGAGCGGGCGGAGGCCCGGCUGACGGAGGAGCUGGCCGACGCCGAGCAGGCCUGGGCCCAAGCGGCCCACGACCUGCAGGCGUCCCAGGCAGAGACGGCCGAGCUGCACCAGCAGGCCGCGCAGUACCGGAAGGAAUACUGCGCCCUGGAGUGGCAACGGCUCGAAUUGACGGACCAGCUGAGCAGCGUGGAGAACCAGCUGCGGUCCGCCCGGGGCCAGCUGGACAAGCUGAGCACAACCAGCAUCUUCGACGUCACCUUCCAGAUCUGGGAGGAGGGCCCCCUGGGCGUCAUCAAUAACUUCAGACUGGGCUACCUGCCCCACGUCCCCGUGAGCUGGACGGAGAUCAGCGCUGCCUGGGGACAGGCGGCCUUGCUGCUCCUCGCCCUCGCCAAUACCAUUGGACUCAAGUUUCGGAGGUACCAACUCGUGGCCCGUGGAAACCAUUCCUAUCUGAAGUCGCUGACGGGUGACGGUGUCCGCCUGCCCUUGUUCUCCGAUGGGAAGCAGAAUGUCUUCUUGGAAAACACAUUUGAUCGCGCCAUGAUGGCUUUCCUAGAUUGCAUGCAACAGUUCAAGGAAGAGGCGGAGAAGGGCCGGGGGGGCUUGUGCCUUCCCUACAGCAUGCAUCCGGAGCUGGGCACGCUAGAGGAUGCCAAGGGCAGCGGGGAGUGGUACUCCAUCCGGACCCACCUCAACACGGUGGAAGAGUGGACACGGGCUCUCAAAUUCCUGCUUGUCAAUUUAAAGUGGAGUCUUGCUUGGGCCUCGGAAAGGUACCGUCAAAAAUAG